GAGCCGCAGCGCGCUCCACAUGCGGAGAGUCAUCCCAAACGCCCUCUUUAUUCGGUCACGGCGUGGGCUCCAAACGCAAGAGGAUGUCGACCGAACAAACCCUAGAGAGCGAUCGCUCUCACCCGCAAAACUCUAUUGAACAUGAUGAUCAAGGCAUUGCGGAACCCCGCAGCACGGCAAACAGUGUUGUUACUACCGGCGAUGCUCAACAGGACAUGAAUGAGGAAGAGGGGAUGGAUGAUGUCGAGGAAGAAAUGGAGUCGCAUUGGGAGGACGACGAAUAAGGGAAGAGAAUGGGUGUCCGAGCUGUGCUGUCAGGUUCACGCUGAUUGUGCGCUUGCUUGCUAUUUGUGAGUGGCACAUCGGCCUUCGUACGCACCGUCUCACCUGGCUGCAUUCCGGAUCUUUUCCGCAUAAUCCUCCCCUCUACUCCUUGUCCUGUACAUAGAUUAGUCUCUAUCGCGGC